AUGGACUUAAACUACCCAGAAGAGUAUUCCAAGAGCUCCAGCGAAGAAACUGAACGAUCAUCAGAGCAAAAUGAUGAUAUGGGAACUGGGAGAUCCUAUGGGUGUAUCUUUUGCAAGAGAGGCUUCACCACAGCACAAGCUUUAGGUGGACACAUGAACAUACACAGGAAAGAAAGAGCCAACAAGAACAAACCCAGUUUUGUACCUCCUUCCACCUCAAGCAAAGUUGAUGACAACAACUAUUCAGAAAUUCCAAGCCAUCUUGUUGGAGGGAAUUGUUAUUCCACUUCUCCUGUGGUAGAAACUAAUAGCUACCACCAUCAAGUUUAUUUUCCAGCAACCGCAUGUGGUAUUACACCUUCCCUUGUGCAAAAUAGUGAAGUCUUGUGUGUAGAAAACCAAAGGGAUCCUCACCUGUUUGCACACGAUUGGAGGAAGAGAAAUGUGAGCUUGUAUACUAGUCCCUUUUGUGUUCAUGAAAUUAAAGACAAGUUUGAAGACAGUGAAGAGAAUGGUCUGGAUUUGGAGCUGAGACUGGGUCAUCAUCCAUAG